AUGGAGUCGGCAUAUCUUCAAAAGCACCUUGGGAAAUGUCUAACUCAAGGUCUUGCAGAAGUGGCAAGACAUCGCCCAGUGGAUCCGAUAGAAUAUCUAGCAUUGUGGAUGUAUAAGUAUAAGGAAAAUGUGACCAUGGAGGAACUGAGACAAAAGGAAAUGGCCGACCUGCAGCAUGAAAGAGAAGUAGCCCGGCUGGAGCAGGAGCGGCUGGAGAGGCUCAAAGCAGAGGAGCUCAUGUUUCAGCAGCAACAGCUGGCCUUACAGCUGGAGUUAGAAAUGCAAGAGAAAGAAAGGCAGAGAAUAGAACAACAGAGAGCUCAAGAACAAUUAGAGAAGGUAAUUUGA